GGUCUUGCUAAGGCGCUCCUUUCCCCGCCCCACCUCCGCCCUCUUUUCAGGGAAUUUCGAAGGGGCGUGGCCUCCGGCAAGCGCGUCCCCAGGGGUGUGUAUACGCUCGUUCACGGGAGGUUAAAGAGGGAGGGGACUAAACCUUGGGUGUUGGAGGCAGAGAGAAGACCGCGGGGAACGGAAAGCGCAUGCGUCCUAGUGGUGCUGCAGCGCCCGGGGAGUCGCGGUGGGGGGGGGAAAUGGGCGAGGGGGACUGACGCACGCGCAUUGGGACACCAGAGCCCCGCCUCCUGCUCCAGGUUUCCCCUCCUCCUUCACCACCCUCCCGGAAGUGGAUCCGCCCUCGCGCCCACCAGUGGCCACCCCCCCACCUCGCGGCAGGCCCCGCCCACAAGUCUCCGCCCCUCCGGCUCUCCGCCCCCUCCCCUGGUAGUGGCGCCGGCUUGCAUCCCGGUCGUGGCGGUUUUGGUGCCUGAAGCAGGGAGCGCGGAGUCGUUCCCGAGAGAGGCGGCCAGGCUAUGCUCGCCGGUUUCCGGCGUUCCGCUCCGGCCAGCCAGAGUCUCUGUCUCAACCUGUGUCCGUGCCCCAGCAGUCUCCUCAGCCCGGCCCCGCGGCGCGGUUGGCGGCGGCGUCCCAGGCGCGCCCCCUCCUCCGAUGGCGGCGGAGAUCCAGCCCAAGCCUCUGACCCGCAAGCCGAUCCUGCUGCAGCGGAUGGAAGGGUCCCAGGAAGUGGUGAAUAUGGCCGUGAUCGUGCCCAAAGAGGACGGCGUCAUCAGCGUCUCGGAGGACAGGACAGUUCGUGUUUGGUUAAAGAGAGACAGUGGACAGUAUUGGCCAAGCAUAUAUCAUGCAAUGCCUUCUCCAUGUUCAUGCAUGUCUUUUAACCCGGAAACAAGAAGACUGUCCAUAGGUCUAGACAAUGGUACAAUCUCAGAGUUUAUAUUGUCAGAAGAUUAUAACAAGAUGACUUCUGUGAAAAACUAUCAAGCGCAUCAGAGCAGAGUGACGAUGAUCCUGUUUGUCCUGGAGCUGGAGUGGGUGCUGAGCACAGGACAGGACAAGCAAUUUGCCUGGCACUGCUCUGAGAGUGGGCAGCGCCUGGGAGGUUAUCGUACCAGUGCCGUGGCCUCAGGCCUGCAAUUUGAUGUUGAAACCCGGCAUGUGUUUAUUGGUGACCACUCAGGCCAAGUAACAAUCCUCAAACUGGAGCAAGAAAACUGCACCCUGGUCACAACAUUCAGAGGACACACAGGUGGGGUGACUGCUCUCUGUUGGGACCCAGUCCAGCGGGUGUUGUUCUCAGGCAGUUCAGAUCACUCUGUCAUCAUGUGGGACAUCGGUGGGAGAAAAGGAACAGCCAUCGAACUCCAAGGACACAACGACAAAGUCCAGGCCCUGUCCUAUGCGCAGCACACGCGACAGCUGAUCUCCUGUGGCGGUGAUGGUGGGAUUGUCGUCUGGAACAUGGACGUGGAGAGGCAGGAGACCCCUGAAUGGCUGGACAGUGAUUCCUGCCAAAAGUGUGAUCAGCCUUUCUUCUGGAACUUCAAGCAAAUGUGGGACAGUAAGAAAAUUGGUCUAAGACAGCACCACUGCCGCAAGUGUGGGAAGGCUGUCUGCGGCAAAUGCAGCUCCAAGCGCUCCUCCAUCCCCCUGAUGGGCUUCGAGUUUGAAGUGAGAGUCUGUGACAGCUGCCACGAGGCCAUCACAGAUGAAGAACGUGCACCCACAGCCACCUUCCAUGACAGUAAACAUAACAUUGUGCAUGUGCAUUUCGAUGCAACCAGAGGAUGGUUACUGACUUCUGGAACUGACAAGGUUAUUAAGUUGUGGGAUAUGACCCCAGUCGUGUCUUGAUGACUCUCCCAGGAAUCAGAAAGAUAGUAUUUACUAAGGAAAUGGUUGUUUUAAUCCAAAUCAUUACCAGAGUGGUAAAGCAGACAUGUGAGAAGUAAGAAAGAAACUAAAGACCCUGGAUGAAUUUGCAGAUGACCCAUGCGCACAGUGGGGACCUGGCGAGUGACACCUUGCAAGGGGACUCUUCCAACUUGUUCAUACAAUAUAAAAGAAGCUAUUUUUUUAACAAAUGGUUUAUACAGUCUGGCUGUGCUGCAUUGUUUUGAGUAUACUGAAAAAUCUGUGUGGGGUGUUUAAUUUUAUACUUUCCACACCCCAUUUUAUGUGUUGCUUUGUGCAUCAGAGAAAUAAGGGAAGUAUCCACUCAGAGUAUUUUGGUCAUUAUAGUUUCUGUGUUUUCUUUACUUCAACAUGUGUCACGUGGCCAGCGGCUUUUUGUUCUCUUCCCUCUGCACCUACCUGCACCUCUCUGCCUUUCCUGGAAGGGAUGUAUUUACAUUAUUUAUUCCCAGUGUUUCUGCUUUCAUGUCCUCCUCAGUGGAGAGAUUUGGAAACUCAUCAUGUGGAUUCACCAGCCAGCUGCUGGAAUCGCCUGAAGAGCGAUUUGUUUGCAGUGUCUGCCUCAUUCAUGUUCUUAUUGCGUAGAAAAGACUGUUUCUGCCUCAGUUGCCUCUGUCUUUCCCACAUUAAAAAAAAAAAAAAAUGCUGUGAGAAAGCUGCUCCCAACCACGGUUAUCACAGAAGUAGAUUAUUGUAACUCAGAGCUUCAACGAUUAGUGCCUGAUCAUUUAGAAUUCAGUUGGAGCCUCCCAAGCCUCAUGUUUUAGCUUUUUUGACACAGCUCUCCCUCACUCAUAACGAUGAAAACAAACGACACACACACACACACAAUCCUACAUCAGCGGCCCUCAACCUUGUUGGCAGCAGGGACCGGUUUCAAAAUGAAACUGUUCCACCUCAGAUCAGCAGGCACUAGCUUCUCACAAGGAGCAUGCAACCUAGAUCCCUCGCAUGCGCCGUUCACAAUAGGGUUCGUGCUCUAUGAGAAUCUAACGCCACCGCUGAUCUGAUGGGAGGCGGAGCCCAGGCAGUAGAGCUUGCUUGCCCGCUGCUCACUUCUGAUGGGUGCCCCCCAUUCCUCACAGGCUGUGGACGAGUACCCACCUGCAGCCCAGGGUUGGGGAUCCCCACCAUACAUGCUCUGAAAAUAAGUGUCUUUAAAUUGUGUGUUUCUGUGUGACAUCAUCUCGGAACUUGAACAUGUUCAUUACCGCAGGAUUGUCAUCCUGCUGUAUUCCUCACCCUCUGUAUUCUAUCCCUUUAAAAACUAGAUAUUUAAACAUUUUAUCUUAAUGUAUUUCAUCAGAACACUUUGCACACUUUCCCUUUAAAAACUAGAUAUUUAAACAUUUUAUCUUAAUGUGUUUCAUCAGAACACUUUGCACACUUUCUUACUAAAACGGUAUGUGGUUGAUCCAAGACAGAAUGGUACCUACCGUGCAGGCUGUGUUCCUGUGGGAAUGGAAAAGAGGACUUUAGAAAGCGAACCUGAAGAACUCUUAUUUCUAAGGGAAUCCAAUCAAGCUUGAGAGAAAAUGAAAUAUUCUUGUGUGUAGUGACUCAACUCAGGAUACUGAAGUCCCUUUUAAACAUCUUAUUUUCCCCUGUAAAAAUAGAAUAAAAAUUAAUGGCAAGCCUGCGCCAGGUGCCUGCCCCUCUUAAGCACUUUACACGCACAGUUCAUUCAACCUCACAUGUCGGGAGCAUCAGGGAGCUCACCAGUCUCUUGAGGAUCACAGGCCAAUUGCUUGUCCUUCCCGACGCAAGCCCCACCCCACAGUGUCUUGCUCUCUUCUGAUUCUACAGGGUUUUUUGGUGGUAAUACAUAUGGGAGUGAAAUCGAAAUCCUCCCUAUUAUUUUCCCUCUUUUCCUGGAAAGCCGGUUUUUGCCCUCACAAUCAUUCAUUACUUCUCUAACUAGGGGGAAGUACUACAAGCCAUCCUCGGGUACUGCCCCUAUGUGUGCUUCCCGGGGGUGGGGCCUUGCUAGAGGUGAUUCUGCUGCCCUAGCAUUGGGAAGCAGGACCAGUGCAUGUGUCCCACGCAGCCACGGUACCUGGAAGCUGUCAUCUGAGCCAUCAGACCAGGGCAGCCCACGUGACUGGAGCUCUGAAGAGGCACGCAUGCCCUGCACAGGCUAUUAGCACUCGUCGCUUCGCUGCCCUGCUCCACACUAGCCUUGCUUGCAUCAGUCAAAACUGUUAGAACUACUUGGAGUCUUUUCUGCAUGAUUGCUCUGUGAGAGAGCUUUAACAAGGGAAUUAACUUUAAAAUAUUCAAAUAUCUAUUUUGUAGUUUAUUACUAGAACCUGCAGCCACUUACUAAGUUGUAUGUAAUAGAGGACUGUGUGUUGGAAAUGAGUAAUAGACAUGAGUCUCUCCAUUUUCCCUUCCUAAACUUCGAGCUUGGCCUGCCUACAGAGAGAGGAAGACAGUAUUAGGGCAGCAAAGGCCCAGGCGCCCAGCAAGCUGUGUGGGUUCUGAGAUGGGUCUAGAUGCAUUCAGACCUCAUUCCGGAAGCAGAGUGUCCCUGUCAGAUCACAUAUGUCCUCUAUAGUCGCUCUGGCCUGUGGCCUUGCAUGCCACUCUACUGUCUUCCUCCCAGCCCACAGAGCCACUAGAGGCUGAAGCCACUUCACAUCUCACUGGUGUUGAGAAUCAUGAUCAGAAAACCACAGAUAUGUCAAGGUAUCCAUUGCUCUUUUCUCUCUUCUGUAUGGGUGCUUGAAUUUGAUGAAAUGUGUUUAGCAAACCAACUGUUUGUUUGUAAUACUGUGAAUUCUUGAGUUUUGCAUUAAGUGUCUCCCCCAUUUUUGUAAUUUGUAGAGAAAAAUGUGCUGGUGUUGGGUGUCUUCCAAGCAUUUUAGGGAAUGGAGGCGCCAUGCCUUAGGAGUGAAAGCUGGCGCCAGCACUUGGCUUUUGUUCUGUCUAGGUGAACUCUCAUAAUUCUUGCUUUACCCUGUUGGAUUUGCACUUUACAUAUGUUUUUGCUCUAUUGUUUAAACAUAUAGCAGCUCUUGCAAAUAAUGCCUAACUUGCCUGCGUUGAGAAGGUGGCAGAUCUACACAUAUCAUACGUAGAGUUGUUCUCUAGCUGGUGGGACAAAACCAACCACAUGCUCUUGGUUCCUCCAAACGAAUGACAUUACUUGACAUUACUGCCUGAGUGUGUCUUCACAAUAGCAAAAUGGUUUGAGAUUAAACAUUUGGAAACUUACGUCAUUUUGUAUGAGGUCAAUCCACCAUAACGUGUUUCUCAUUUGAUUAUUGUAAUUAUUCCAGAAAUCAUAAAGUCACAAAACUGGAAGGCAUCUUCAGAGAUCUAGAGUGUUCCAAGCAGAAAACACAUUAGUUACAUGGGGCAGUUAGAUAUGACUGAGAUGUAAACAAGAGAAUCUAAAAGAAUGUUCAAGGAGUAGCUGUUCUUGAACAUUACUUAGUAAUGGCAUGAGUGGGAGGAGAGACUUUCAACACCUUGAGACAGGGCGCUCUCUGGAACCAGCUUUGUUCCUCUUAUCAGAAGCAUAUAUGACACUUUUUUUGGCUACAGCCCUGUGGUGGGGGAGGUAAUUAUUGCCUUCAUCCACAUAAAUUCCUUCCUAUACAUUCCCCUCAAACCACCCCAGAGGCAAAACUGAAAUGGAAAUCCAGGGGCACUUAAAAUUCACCCUACCCCAUUUGGCUGUGAUUCCCAGGCUUGCAGCACUGCCCUUAUGGAAUACCACAUUUUCAUCUUCUGAGAUUCAUUUUAUAAACGUAUAGGCCAGGUGCCAUGGCUCACACCUAUAAUCAACACUUUGGGAGGACAAGGCAGGAGGAUCGCUGAGCCCAAGAGUUCAAGACCAGCCUGGGCAACACAGCAAGACCUGUCGCUACCAAAAAUGUAAAACUUCCUUGGGUCUGGUGGCACACACCUGUAUUCCCAGCUACUCAGGAAGCUGAGGCAGGAAGAUCACUGGAGCCCAGGAAUUCAAGGAUGCAGUGAGCUAUGAUUGCACUACUGCAGUCUAGCCUGGGCAGCAGAGCAAGGCCCUGAAUAAAUAAAGUAUAAUUUAUUUUUGACUGAGAGUAAUCACUUCUUAAGGCCCAAAUUUUUGUUUUUAAACAAAAGGAUAGCUCUAAGCGUGGGUCACAGCUACUGGACACAAAUAUUCACUACAUGAGAUUCUUUUGGUUAUGGCUGUUCAUAGAAUUUUAAUUCUAUGUAAGUGUUCUUGUUCACUAAGAUACUUCGAAGUGAAAGAAAGCGUUUUACCAAUACAUUCUUAUUUUUUCUCCUUUAAAAUACUACUGAAUUUUUCCUGGUAUGAAGACAGAUACUUAUUAACUGGAUUGGAAAACACAGAAAUUAAGCUCAUGUUGAACACUGAGUUCUCUAGAUGAUCCCUGAGAUUUGAAUUUUCACGUCAACCGUGUUGAGCGCUCACCAGCCACCAGGCUUUAGGCACUGGCGGUGCAACCUGUCUGAGGCCCAUUCUCAGGCUGGGCAGCGGUCACACAGUGAGUCAAUGCGUCUUUUCAGUGCAAUGUGGUCAUAAUAGAGGCAUGCAGGGUGCCACUACCCCAGCAGGUGUGGCAGGAGGGGCUUCACAGAGGAAAGGACUUUGAGCUCAGUGUUAAAAGGAUGAGGAGUGAGUCAUAAGGGGGAAAAAUGGAAAUGACUUUCCAGGCUUCAGAAACAGCAUAAACAAAGGCCUGAGAGCUGGAGUCAGUGUGGUGUGUCCAGGGAUCACAAGUGGGCUGGAGCUGCCGGAGAACAGCCAAGUAGCUCAGCUGCGUCCCGGAACUGAGCUUGUUGCUAUCAGAUGCUGUUGCUCCCUGGCCUCAGAGGAAAGCAGCACACGGCUCACUGCGAGGGGUUUCCCCAGAGGCUCCUCCUGCAGCCAACGCUACUAUUAGUUUAUAUUAUAAUAGUAUCAGUUUCUUUUUCUUUGGAAAUCCCUAGAACUGUUAUCUGGAAGUGACCCAGGGUAACUAAUUCUGGAUCUUUGGGUGCACAGCCUCUCACUGGAGUCUGGGAGGAGGAGGUGGAGACUAUUAGUGCACGGCCUGCUACCAGGAAGGACUCACAGACUAACACCAAAGGUAUGCUGGGCUCAGCUGCUCCACUUUGGAAAAGGAAAGCAAGCCCUGGUCCUGCGGCAGGAGGGAUUGUUCUAGUCAAGUGUGGCAUUGCACAGAUAGGCGGGGCCAAGUGUUUGGGUGCAGACGCAGGCAGCUGCUGCCCUCCACUUUCUGCUCUUGCAAGUCACAGAUGAUUCCAGUACAGUGUGGGAGAUCCUCCUUACAGGGGCACUUGCAAGGGGAAGGCAGAGUUUUGUCAAUUCAGGUACAGGUCUGUCUGGGAGACCUGGCCCUGUGGAGGCAGGAACACCACGCAGGGGGGUGGCAGCGCCUGUCUUUGCUAUCACAUCAUUUGCCUUUUCCUUGUAGGACCCAAAGAUCUAUGUCCAAAACUGAGUCCAGAAACAUCUAUGUUCCUGUUUAAACUUUAGCUCAGCUUCUUAACCAAGAAUCACAUGUCAGCCCUCCAGGGUUGUGGUUUGGAUUUUUGCCUUUAAACAUUAUCUCCUUUCCACCAAGAAGCCUACUUAGGUUUAGCACAUGAAAGCAGUGUCUAUACAUUAGACCAGUCUCAAAUUGGAAUGGGAUAUCUUCCUUGCACGUCCCAUACCAGGGAAUUUUUUUUAACAAAGUGUAGAGCCUUUGCCAGAGAUGUUGAAAGGGAGAUUAAAGGCUUGAGUGAGGGAUGAAUUUGAUCAUCAUUCUUAAGGUCCCUUCCAAUCCUGUGAUUCUACGAUUCCACGAGUCUCGUUUAUUAUUGGGCGUGCCUAACCCAUCACCAGUGAGCUGCCCACAUGUUGCUGGCUUCCCUUGGAUAAAGGAGGGUCUAUCACCACAUGCCUUUGUUGUCUUCCAUCAUAUCAAGUGAGCUGCUUUCUGGACUUUUUCCAUCUACAGCCUACUAGGUUUGGUUUUGGGAAAAGAUGGUAAAGUUUCUUUUCAUGAAGUUGUAGGGGAAAAAAUGUUUUUUAAGAUGGUAAGGGUGGAAAUUAAUCAUGGUACCAUCUCAUUAAAAAUAGAUACCUCAAAAUAUUUACCUUUUCCAGUCAGGAAGAGUAUCUGACUUUCUUGGAAGUGUCAGGAAUUACAGGUUGGCUGAAAACUUAGAUUGAGAAUCUGACCUUGAUACUUAUGACUCUUUUUUCUCGGGGACGCAUGAAAAGGUGAGCUGUCACUCACAAAAAAGGGAAAAUGCUUUGAAAAAUAUGUUUCACAUAUACACUCUCUUUUAUCAUUUUAGUGGAUGGCAGCCUUACAUCAGUAGUAUAUGCCAGUAUGACGUAUGGACCAAAACACUAGUGUCACUUGAAACCAUUGUACUCUUAUGGAUUUGUGUCUUAUACCAUUUGCCUUGCUUUUUACAUGACUUUGUUUUUCAAGGUACUGUCAUUUUGCAAAAGGAAAUCUUUACAUGAAAUGUACAAAAACUGUUACUAACUGGACAACAGGGAAGGUGCUGGCCCCACAUUAGUGCCUGCCUACCACUCUACUUCUAACCAGGGACACGGAUCUUCCAUUCUCUACAUCCACCGGACUGCAGCCCACAUCUGGACCUGGCUGCAGUGGGCAUGUUACCGUACGGAUAUCUUUUUCUUUCUUUUUCUGAAGUGAGGAGAUUAUUCGGGGGGUCAGGCUGAGAAUGUAAUAAGCCUGACGUUGGAACAGAUUUCUCCCGUAUGGUCUAGCUGGACCCCUCCGGCAUUUGCCACGCUCCCUGCCAGUCCUGACAUUGACUUCCUGAAUGUGAUUAGGUGGUAAUGAGCAAGAAUUUCCUAGGAUGUUGAAAUGUCUGUAUCCAGGCCUCCAUUCAAAUGCUGCUGAAUAUUGUGAAUGUUUUUUACUCCGCUCACUUUCCCACUGUGCUUCCCUCUAACCAAAAUAUACGUGUAUACAUUACCAAUGUACAACUCUCAAUGCAGAGUUGCCUCCAUGGUUUAAAAUAAAUCUCUGUGAAAACCUU